AUAGUAGAAGUCGAUAGACUUCACCACAAAUAGAAGUAGCCAAUCACAACUCUUUCCCUACAAAGUCCUGAAAAACCCUAGCCACUCUCCCUUUAAGCACAUUUGCCUCGCUGAAAGUCGCGCGCCGGGCAGCACUAACAGUAUCAGAGAUGGGUAUCGAUUUGAAGGCAGGAGGUAAGAGCAAGAAGACUAAGCGGACAGCACCGAAGUCCGAUGAUAUCUACCUCAAGCUCAUCGUCAAGCUGUACCGAUUCUUGGUACGGAGAACUGGAAGCAAAUUCAAUGCAGUGAUUUUGAAGAGGCUUUUUAUGAGCAAGAUUAACAAAGCCCCUCUUUCAUUAUCACGUUUGAUUACUUUCAUGAAGGGCAAGGAGAAUAAAAUUGCUGUGAUUGUGGGUACUGUGACUGAUGAUGUCCGGGUGUAUGAAGUCCCCGCUCUCAAGGUUACUGCUCUCAGGUUCACCGAGACAGCAAGGGCGAGGAUUGAGAAGGCUGGUGGAGAAUGUUUGACGUUUGACCAACUUGCUCUUAGAGCUCCUCUUGGUCAAAAUACGGUCCUCCUCAGAGGUCCCAAGAAUGCCCGUGAGGCAGUGAAGCACUUUGGACCAGCACCUGGUGUACCACACAGCCAUACCAAACCCUAUGUCCGAGCAAAGGGAAGGAAAUUUGAGCGGGCUAGAGGAAGAAGGAACAGCAGAGGCUUUAGGGUGUAAGCACUCACACUUCGUUCAGAAAAUCAGUCUACAAAUUUCAACCAGAUGCAUCCAUGCACCAACAGUUGAUCUGGUUAUUUUUUCUUGUGUUUUCUCAUCCUCUAGUGUGGAACAAUUACAUUAUCUUAGCGGGUCAACAUCUGCAGUUUAUUUUGUAUUUCGCUUUAAACAAUAGAUUUUGGAUGUCAGAGAAUAAAGAUUGCUAGUAUUUUUUGUGGCUUU